CCACCAUUCCCCUCCCCAAAGAGCUCUCCAAGACACCACAAUGCCGACCUCCGUUCGCUCGCUACUUAAUUUAAGAUGAUCGACGUCCCCCGCCGCCUCCGCCGUGCCAUCCUCCUCAACGACCUUUCCCUCGUGAAGCGCAUUGUACGCAACAACCCGACUUUUCUGCGCAAUCCAGACUUUGGGGAUAAGAGCAAUACUAGUCUACACCUUGCGGCGAAGCAGGGGUUUAGGGAGAUUGCUGAAUUCCUCAUCGACGCCGGCCACGAAGAUGAAGGCGUAAGCCGCAACGGCGACUGGGAGACCCCCCUCAUGCUCGCCGCGUCGUCCGGCAAAGCAGACGUCGGCGUGCUCCUCGUCGAGCGCUUCCCGGAAUGCGUGCCGUGGGAGAAUAAGGAGGGGAUGGAUGCCCUCAUGCUCGCCUCCCGCACCGGCACCCUCCCUCUCCUCCCCCCGCUCCUCCACACCUCCCCCACGAUCAUCUCCCACCACGACGCCUCUGGCAACACGGCCCUGCACCACGCCUCUGCCGCCGGCGAGCUCAAAGCCCUCCGCAUGCUGCUGACCUACGGCGCGAACCCCCUCGCGCAGAACGCGUACUCGUGGACCCCGGUGCACUACUCCGCGACCCAGGCCGCGGAAGUAUACUUCAAGAACCUCGUCGGGGAGUUCGAGAGGCAAAGGGUGGAACUUGGUAGGGAGAAGCGUGAGAGAGAGAGACAGAGAUUGGGGGGGGUGAGGCUGGUGACGAGUGAGGACGCGAUGGCGGGGAUGAGGGGGGGCAGGGCGAGCUUGGAUGAUGGGGAGGUGCUGAAGCCGCCGAGUGUGGAGUGGAGUCCGGUAGAGAGUAGGAGGGCGAUGACGCCGACGGCGAGGAGUGAGGGGUGGUUUGGGGGGAAUGGGGGCCGGGCGAGGGCGAGUAGUGGGGAUUAG